UUCAAAUGCUCCAUCGCGUUUCUGCAGUGUUUUGAAGGCAAAUGAGGAAUUUUUUUUAGCGGUUUAAUUGUAGCUUGUUAUUUCCAUAUAUUCAAAGUGUUAUCCAUGGUUGUUUUAUCUUGCGUGUUUAUUGAGUGCCGGUAUAGUUUUAUUUUAUUAUCUGGAAAGCGCCUUCGAUACAAACACCUUUUCAGCAUGUAUUCCCAUUCUUAAGCUUGGGAAAGCAUAAGCUUAUAGACUGAAGAGAGGAUAGCUACUGUUUUCCACUAAAGAUGGAAAAAUUUAUUGAUGAUAAAGAGACUGAAAAAAAGGAAUUGGAAAAAUCUACAUCACAAUCUAGUUGUUCAAAUAAUCUGGGCAGUGACGUCGUCGAAGUGUUUCAAGAAACUGAUAAACCGUCUUCAGAGAAUGUGUUUGUUGUUGAACGUGUUGUUAAUGGUAGUGUACGCACCAUAAAAAGCUCAAGACCUUCGCUGUCAUCUGAAUCAGAGGAUAUUCCCAGCAAGCACACAUCAGUACCUGUUACAUCAGAAGAAAGUUCUAAAAAUAUUCAGGCAGCUAAAAGUGGCAUUCAAAUUGUCAAAGAAAAAGCUGUUGAUUAUUCAGAAGAGCCAGAAAUUUGUGAUGAUCUUGAAGUGAUUGCAGAGAUAUCAGCAACUGCAGAAUCACCAUCUGAGCAAGAUUCUGUUUUGAAAUCAAAAAAAGGGCCAUUACCUGGCUUGCUACCAUUAGAGCAAAAUUCCUCUACAUCGAACAGCCCUGAAGUUCAAAUGCCACAUAAAAUUGCUAUGAGGUCAACAGAAAAAAUAAAAGCUGUAGAUCAAGCAGUGAAUUCCAACUCCCAACCAAAAGGCAAUAAGGAUGUUGGCAAAGAAACAUGCAGUGAUACCAAUGGCGUACGAUUAUGUGAUUCUCUACAAGAUCAUAUAGUGAUUGAACCCGACAUAGAAAUUCAUACACUUUCAGACGAAUUUCAAAUGGAAUUUGAAGAUUCAGAAGCCAGCCCCGCCAUGAACAGCCUUUCCAGCGUAGUGGCUACCACGUUUCAUGAUCAGACCGAGAAAUUAGCACGAGAGACUUUAGCCUGCUGGUCAUGUCGCACUUCUCUUUAUGAUAGAACGGACGCUCUUCUUUGGGAAUCAAUGGAGUUUUGUUCAGAGAAGUGUUUGAAAACCUACAUGAAAGUCAUUGGAUCCCAUUGCAACAUGUGCAACGCCCAAGUGGGUGAUAACAUAUUGGGUAAACUUUGUGUUCGCUUCGGCACCGUCAUUCGCCAGUUUUGUACGGCAGAUUGUCUUGAAAAAUUCAAAGGUAGUCAUAAAUUGUGCGCUACAUGCCAAGUUAACAUGUCCAAUAAGGAAAAGACACAUUGUUCUCCUGUGUGCGAAGAACUCGCCCGUCGGCUGGCAAACAAGACGUAUUAUUUUGGAAGAAGAUUUUGUUCUGUCUGUAAUGAGCUGAAGGAGAUUCAAGAAGAAGUCUAUCUUGGUGGGCGUAGCCAUUGGUUGUGUAGCAAACCGUGUCUUAAUGCCUUUCGUUUCUCCAAUAAGGUGAUGACACUUACGUGUGAGACAUGCUCUCGUGGUUUUGACAUAAAUGCAACGCCUCGUUUCGUGUCGAGGAACGCGAAUAAAGGUUUGCUAACGCACCAUGUAACAUUGAGUUGGUACUGCAGUAACGUAUGCUUUGCGAUCCAUCUGAUUCGAAAGCGAAAGAUUGAGCUCUGUGCUCGCUGCCAAGUGAAAAAAUACAAUGUCGACAUGAUCCGCAAGCCAACAGGCGACACUGUUUUUAGCAAGACUGUACAAGACAAGAGCCAAUUAGAAGCACAGAUGAUAUUUUUUUGCUCGCUCUAUUGCUUCACGCAUUAUCCGAUUCCGAUUUCACGAGAACCUGCUCGCAGAAAAGCCAAUUCGAAUGAAACUGCACUUCCCGCUGCUUCUACAGUGGCACCAACCGUCGUUUCAUUACAGUCUUUGAUUGUCGAGUCUCCAUUGUCGUCGCAAUCACGAAGUCUUAUACAACACACUACGCUAUCGAACCCAAUUUCGCUGCAGGCAUCGGUACCGCCUCGCACUGUGACUCUUUGUAACCUCCCAGCUAUUAGCACCCAAGUUACUCCGUCGAUCGUCACCAACACUACGACCACCGCCUCCAGUGCAACCGGCAGUCAGCCUCCGGCAAACGCGUCCAUGCUUCCGAUCGAGCUUCAACAUAAAAUUGUGCUUCUUCCGCCAAAACCUAAAGAGAUGAAGAACAAGUCGGUCUGGUGCCGUCCCAGUAAUCUCUGUCAGAGCGAACAGAUAAAACCUACAGCAGAAAAGGUGAAUGUCGAACUAUCUAAAGGUGUCGGUUGUGACGCGAGUACAUCAACAGAUGAAGAAAGGAAGCCGCUCUACAUACCUGUACCCAUCCCAAUUCCUGUACCAAUCUAUGUCCCAGUACCAAUGGCGAUGUACAAUUUCCCUUCUCCGUUCCCUGUUGCUUUUCCCAUGCCGGUAGUUACUCCUUUUAUACUUCCCGUCGGUUCUCAUCUCUUAGAUGAGGCAAUUAAAGCUAUGGGAGAGGCAAAGAAAAAAGAAACAGGCGAGGAAACCGUUUUGGUUCAAGAAAAUAAUUCGCCCGUGCAAGGAAAAACGAUCGAUGCCAAAUAUGAUCGGGAAUCAACCGACGUAUCCACAUCUCCCAAUCCUGUCGGUUUACAGGAUCUCGUUGCAGAUGACCACGUAGACGUUGACCCAACUGUCGAAGAAGUAAAUUUUGAACUGGAAAUUCCAUCGUGCAGUAUUUCAUCAUUUCGAAACGGAAGUAGAAAGCGAUCUCACUCUACAUCACAUUUUUCUUUGCCCGCCACGAAAAGGCUAAGAGAUAUCGAUUGCAGCAGAAGUUCGAGCGACAGCGAAGAAUCCACUAAAACAUCCAGGUCAGACUCACCGAGCCUGCAUUUAAAAGGUGGUUUCCAAAAAGAGGCGGGAGUAAGAGCGUGGAAGAACUGGACGAUGCGGAAUGAAAACAAAAGGCUCGUCGAUUGCAAAUUCUGUGAAAUGAGUGUUGUGGAUAUGAAUACUUCUCUUAUAGCUUUCGUGCAACAAAUCAGGAAACCGGAUGGCGAUCGAUACAGGCCAGACAUCCUCCUAUAUCUCAUCUCGGGAUUACAAGAGAGUUUGGCUUUUGGGGCAGACUUUCGGCGGCAGAACUUGCUGAUGGAUGCCGCAUUGUUGCCGUUUCAAAUUGAAUUAGAUAAACACCUUCAACCGUUCUAUGACGCUCUGUUGAAAGGAAUCAACUCUGGCGGUACCAUGGAACUGACGACCUGUUUGAAAGAAUCUCAUCUGUGGAAGUGCCGACAGCUGGGUGUAGAUUCGCCUAUUGUGCUCGUCUUCACGAUGCUCUAUUUCAACACCAAAUAUUUCCGCCUUUAUACGGCCGAACAGCACCUGCAAAUGUCGUUUGCCAACGUACAAAAGGUUCCUAAGAAAAUCUUUCCAUCUGUGGGAGGAAUAUCAAACGGUGGAUCUACAGGGAAAAAUGCAGCAAAAAUAUUUUCUCUUCAAUUCGAUGACACUCAAACGCAACAAGAGGCUACGGUUGCGGGAACCAUGGAUAAAGUUAGGCGUAAGAAACCACUAGACAUGCCACAAAAUGUUGACUAUUUACCUCAUUGUCCAGUGAAAAUUUACAACUUUUACGUUUCCAAAUGCCCAGAGGAUGCUAAGACGCGCAAGGAUUUGUUUUACUUGUUGCCUGACUCAUCGUGCGCACCAGAAUCGCCAGUAUGGUACACCUCACAACCAGUGCCCCGGGAAAUCUUGGCACGGAUGCUCCGACGAGUGUUACUCGUAGAAGAAGUACUGCAUAAUUUGUGUUCGUUGGAUUAACUUUAGCACCGUCAUGCAACACGUGUACAACAGAAAGGCAUACAAAAAUGUUAAUAACAAUGUGUGUGUGUGAGUGUCUGUAUGUGUGAAGAUAGGAAAACGAAAGCAUGGAUAACUUAACUGAUUAUUGAAACAAGGAAUAACCAUAAAAUUGUGUUGCUGCUUUUACGUGCUCAGUCAAUAAACCUUGGUCCUUUUUUGCCACUU